AGGCAGAGGCAGUCAUAGGUUGGACCGUUGGAAACUUGGAAUAUUAUGUUUGGGAAUGUCAAUUUUGUCAAAUUCAAUCAAUCCACUUAUUAGAUUGCUUCCUUCCAACACCCGCCAAAUAGGUUCCCUUCAGUGGAAAACCCGCCAACCUCGGACUUUUCCACCAAAAUCAUUUUAGUGACUUUCCCCAAAUAGAAAAUCCCAUGUCCCAACAACGUUCUUCCCCAUAAUCAAACAUGGCACCUCCAGACCGAGGCUAAGAAACAGAUCGCUGGAGCUUCGGGGAUGCAGCAACAAAAAAUGGAGCAACCUGAAGAGGAGCUGAAGGAGCAAUUGCAGACAAUGGAGGUACAAAGAGAUCGAGAAGUUGAUGAACAGAGAGAGAUGAAAAAGGUGGCAGAUGCGGCCAACAUGAGGCUUAGUGAAGAAUUGUCAACUCAGAAGGGAGCUGGGGUGCAUUCGGAAUUGAAUUCGGUGAAGGAUUUAUUGUCUGAUGCAAGGCAAGAUUGGAAGAGUAAAGAGGAGAAUAUUGAGUCUUUGAAACUUGAACUUGGAAAGGCCAAAGAUGUGGAACUCAGACUGGCAAAGAAUGCGAAAACCUCCGAGGCUCCCACACAGACUUCGCUGUCUCAAGGCGCAGAACGAAUUCGUGAAUUGGAGCUCAAAGCAGAUAAAGCGAAAACCUCCGAGGCUCAGACAAAGGCUUUGUUAGCUGAAAGUAAAAAAAGAAUUCGGGAAUUGGACGUCAAACUGGCAGAGAAUUUGAAGUCCUCUGAGGCAGAGGCUCACACAAAGGCUUUGUUGUUUGCAAGCGAAAAAAAAGUUCGGGAUUUGGAGCUCAAACUGGCAGAGAAGGUGGAAACCUCCGAGCCUCACACCAAGGCUUUAUUGUCUGAAAGGGAUGGAAGAAUUCAGGAAUUGGAGCUCAAACUGGCAGAGAAGGUGGAAACCUCAGAAGCUCGCAUGAAGGCUUUAUUGUAUGAAAGGGAAUUAAGAAUUCAGGAAUUGGAGUUCAAACUGGCAGAGGUUAUGAAGUCCUCUGAGGCAGAGGCUCACACAAAGACUUUAUUGUCUGAGAGUGAAGAAAGAAAUCGGGAAUUGGAGCUCAAACUGGCAGAGGUUAUGAAGUCCUCUGAGGCAGAGGCUCACACAAAGACUUUAUUGUCUGAGAGUGAAGAAAGAAUUCAGGAAUUGGAGCACAAACUGGCAGAGAAUGUGGAAACCUCUGACGCUCACACCAAAGCUUUAUUGUCCGAAGGGGAAGGAAUAAUUCGGGAAUUGGAGCUCAAACUGGCAGAGAAUGUGGAAACCUCUGAGGCUGACACGAAGGCUUUAUUGUCCGAAAGUGACGAGAGAAUUCGGGAGUUGGAGAUGGAAAUAGAGAAGAGAAAGCAAUCAGAAGCAAGAAUUCUUGAUUCAUUGAUCACCCAGACAAACCAACUUGAGCAAACCAAGGUUUUGCUUGAAGAGGCAAAGUUUGAAAUUGCUUCGAUUCACAACAAAUUGGAGAAAGGGGAAGAGGAAUCUGCUCAAAAUAGUCAAGAGCGUAGUACGUAUCAUUAUCAUGAUCACCUCGAAAAUAAUCUUUCCAAGAAGGAGGAACUAGAGAGUCUAAAGUCUGAGAUUCAGCUAACAAAGGAGAGUCUGGUUGAUGCCCAAAAGAAGGAGCAACUUGCUUCAUCCAAGGGACAGAAAUUACUUGAGGAGAUGGGAGUGCUUAAACGUGAACUGAAGUUGACAGCGGAAGCUGAAGAAAACGGAAAGAAGGCAAUGGAUGACUUGGCUUUUGCACUGAAAGAAGUUGCAACAGAAGCCAACCAGUUGAAAGAUAAACUCUGCGUGACCCAAGCAGAGUUAGAGCACUCAAGAUCACAAGAAGAAUGCUUGAAUACGAUGUUAAAGAGCAGUGAGGAAAGUUAUAAAGCACUAUUGGAUGAAGCAAAGAAAGAAGCUGAGAGGUACAAAAAUACUGCUGCCAGGUUGAAAAUAGAACACGAGGAGUCAGUUUUGGCAUGGAGCGGGAAAGAAACUGGAUUUGUUGAUUGCAUUAGAAGAGCUGAAGAAGAUAGAUAUGCUGCACAGCAAGAGAACUUUAGAUUGCAUGAGUUGCUUCUGGAGACGGAUAACAGGGCCAUGGUAUCAAAGGAAGAAAAUAGCAAGUUGCGAGACAUACUUAAACAGGCCUUAAAUGAAGCAAAUGUUGCAAAAGGAGCUACAGCCAUUGCUCAAGCCGAAAAUUCUCAGCUGAAAGAUACCCUGACUGAAAAGGAGGAUGCCUUGAAUUUCCUUACCCGCGAAAACGAAAAUUAUAGGGUAAAUGAAAUUGCAGCUCAUGAAAACAUUAAGGAGUUAAAGCGGUUGCUCAUUGAAUCGUCGAAGAAGGAGGAGAAAGAGAAAUCGCCAUCAAAGGAAAAGGAGUCGAAAAAGGAGGCUAAGGAGAAACUAUCUUCAAAGGAAGUGAAGAAGGAGGUCAAGGAGAAAAAACCACUGAAGGAGUUAAAAAAGGAGGAUGCCGGUAAAGAGAAACCACCAUUAUCAGGGGAUGCAAAAAAGGAAGAUAAAGAGAAAACAUCAUCAAAGGAGGAUAAGGAGGCUGCAGCAUCUCAAAAUGGAGGCUUAUUUGGCAAAGUUUUCAGUUUCAAUCUUAAGGAGCUCAAAAUUUCAAACACACACGAGGAAGUUGAUGAUGAUGAUGAUGAGAUUGAAAUAGAUGAGGCUCUCAAAGGCUCGAUAUUCGAGGUAGAUUCACCAGGCUCAGCUACGCAUCACCGGAGAAAUUCUUCUUUUACAUUCACAGAUGAUGGAGAAACACUCCAUUCAGAUGAUUAUGAUCAUCUAGAUGGGACUCAAGCUGAAAACUCAAGGAAGAAGAAAGCGUUGCUGCGAAGAUUUGGAGAUCUUAUAAAGAGAAGUACUACUUAUACCAAAAAGGAACCAUCACCAUCACCAGAUACCAAAAAGGAACCAUCACCAUCACAGGAUGCCAAAGACGAAACGUCGCCGACGAACAAGGAAGCUUCCCCAGAAUAGACAAGCUGCAUUUUGGUGAUACUCUUUGAGUUUUGAUACCAAGUAGUUUAAUCUGAUUCUUUCUGUAACAUAUUUCAUCUAGUUUGUAUGUAAGAGUGCAUCAAAGAAUAUGAUCCAAAGAUGUAAAAAGAAACAACACUUAUUUAGAACAGUCCAUUAUUAGACAUCA